AUGGUUCGUGACUUCGUGAUCGGCUGCGUGGGUAAACCGUCGUCGGGUAAAUCGACAUUUUUCAAUGCCGUAUGUAUUAACCCAAACGCCAAAACCGCGGCGCAUCCUUUCACCACCAUAGAACCAAACCAUGGCGUCGCCUUUUUUACCACGGAUUGUCCGUGCGUAAAGUAUAACGUGACAUGCGCCCCGUCCUUUGGCAGUUGCAGGGAUGGCGUGCGCAAGGUUCCCGUCAAGCUAUUGGACGUAGCUGGCCUUAUACCCGGAGCUAAUGAGGGUAGAGGCAUAGGGAACAAGUUUCUGGACGACUUGCGGCAUGCCGACGUGUUGAUGCAUAUCAUUGACGUUUCGGGCAGAACCAACGAGAAGGGGGAUGCAACAAUCGGAUACGACCCUUCGGGAGACCACAUGUGGCUUGUUGAAGAGAUCGAGCUGUGGAUUUUCAACAACCUGCAGCCCAAAUGGGCCUCGAUGGCGAGGCGCCAUGCAAUGAAGAAGGACAACGCCGUAACAACUCUCCACGGGAAGGUUUCGGGUUACAUGGCAACAGAAGCCUUAGUAUCUAAGGUCCUUGACCUUAUGGACGUGAAGCAUUCUCAAUUCGUGGACCUAUCGCAAUGGGAUGAAAAGGAGAUCCGCCGCUUUGUUUCCGUGUUCGUUCAAGAACGUUUCAAGUUUGUUUUGGUCUUGAACAAGGUUGAUUCGGGCGACACGGAUGAAAACUGCUUGAAGAUUUGCCAGCGCCAUCCCGACGUUCCUAGUGUGAUGUGUAGCGCACUAGCGAUGUGUUUCCUGCGCAAGAUGCAGUCACAGGGAUACAUAGAUUACUUUGAGGGAGAUAACGACUUCUACAUGAACGGGGACUCUUCGGAUGAUCCUCGCAACCAGGUGCUGAAACCGGUGGACGAUAAGCUGCGUCACCGGCUCCGUAACAUCCGUGACCUCGUGCUCUACAGGUUCGGCUCAACUGGCGUGACGAAAGCACUGAACGAGGCGAUUAAAGCUGCAGGGAUAGUGUGUAUGUAUCCCGUGAAGAGCUUGAAGACCUUCGGGGACGACGAUGACAGCACCAAGGCGUUCCGCACGUGCAUUACCGUCAUGCCCGGCACGACCGUUCGCGAGUUCGCCAACAUGCUCGGCCCGGAGAUUGGCCGCAACUUUUGCAAGGCUGUUGGCGUAUCGGGUAUGCAGUUGGCUGAGGACAAGGUGCUGACAGAAGAAGACAAUGUCGUGAGCAUAGUAACAAAGGCCAUCCAAGUUUAA